UUACGAUUACAAAACAAUCCCGAGGAUUUCAGAUACCAAUCGGGGUUUUAAUUGAACAUUAGAAAAAGAAAAUAAAUUUACUCAAGUGUUAUUUUAAUUACAUUUCAAAUCUUUGAACUUUAAAAGCUAAAUGUUGUCUAAAAAACUAUUCAUUUUAGUGCACCGUUGGGCACUUCUGCUGCUGGGUGUGAUCUGCUGCGCCCCAGUGGCAAUUCUGGGCAGCGAUACCCCCGCUCGUAUAGUGUGCUACUUCAGCAACUGGGCAGUAUAUCGCCCUGGAAUCGGUCGCUAUGGUCUGGAGGAUGUGCCUGCCGAUCUGUGCACUCACCUUAUCUACUCCUUCAUUGGUGUUAACGACAAAGGCUGGGAUGUUCUGGUAAUCGAUCCGGACCUGGACGUCGACCAAGAAGGCUUCAGCAAGUUCACUCAGCUGAAAAAGACACAUCCCAAACUGAAGCUUCAAGUGGCUGUUGGUGGUUGGGCCGAGGGUGGCUCAAAGUACUCCCAAAUGGUGGCGGUUCGAGAGCGUCGAACUAGUUUCAUACGCAGUGUGGUACGCUUCAUGAGGCAGUACAACUUCGAUGGCUUCGACCUGGACUGGGAGUAUCCGGGAGCCACGGAUCGCGGCGGCACCUUUGGGGACAAGGAUAAGUUCCUCUACUUUGUGCAGGAGCUAAGACGAGCCUUUGAUCGCGAGGGACGUGGAUGGGAAAUUACCAUGGCGGUGCCAGUGGCCAAGUUCCGAUUACAGGAGGGCUACCAUGUUCCGGAGUUGUGCGAAUUACUGGACGCCAUUCAUGCCAUGACCUAUGAUCUGCGUGGAAACUGGGCUGGCUUCGCUGACGUCCAUAGUCCACUUUACAAGCGAAAGCACGACCAGUAUGCCUACGAGCGCCUCAAUGUGAACGACGGCCUGGCCCUGUGGGAGGAGAUGGGCUGUCCGGCCAACAAGCUAGUGGUGGGCAUUCCCUUCUACGGUCGCACCUUCACGCUGAGCAACUCGAACAAGAACUACAACAUGGGUACCUACAUUAACAAGGAGGCGGGUGGCGGAGCGCCUGGUCCCUACACAAAUGCCAGCGGCUUCCUGGCCUACUACGAGAUCUGCACUGAGGUAAUGGACAAGUCCAAGGGCUGGACUGUCGAGUGGGACGACGCUGGCAUGGUGCCCUUCACCUACAAGGACACUCAGUGGGUGGGCUAUGAGAACGAGGCCUCCGUGCAGAUUAAGAUGGACUUCAUCAAGCAGCGCGGCUAUGCUGGCGCUAUGACCUGGGCCGUGGACAUGGACGACUUUCAUGGUAUGUGCGGCCGAAAAAACGGCUUGAUGCAGAUCCUGUACGAUAAUAUGCGAAGCUAUCGGGUUCCGGAACCAACCAGAGAGACAACGCCAAGACCCGAGUGGGCGAAACCACCUGCCACCCCACCAAAUCCGGAUGAGGGUCCUGUGCUGCAGACUGAAGCCACACCCACCACCACGCGGAGACCCAAGCCAAAGCCUCAGCCAACUGCCAGCUCCACGUUGGCACCAGUGCCUACCUUGGCAAGCAGCACCCAAAAGCCAACCACGAAGAAACCCAAGAAGCCCAAGAAGACUACCACGACUACAACCACCACUCCAGCCCCGGAAAAGACCACUGAAGAGCCCGAGGAGGUUGUGGAUCCGGAGCAGCCCAUCGAGCCUCAGUUUGAUCCCAACGAAAUAGAUUGCACCAACCGCGAUUUUGUGCCGCAUCCAAACUGUCGAAAGUACUUCCGGUGUGUCCAUGGCAAGCCGGUGGAAUUCGAGUGCAAGGAGGGCACGGCCUUCCACACGGUCCUGAACGUGUGCGAUUGGAUCGAGAACAGCGAUCGCUAUUACUGCACCCACAAGAAGGGGCGUAAGCUGGGCAACGAAGCCCACUAAUAGACCCCCAAAGUCCCUUUUUAAAUUAUUUAAACUAAGAACUAAGAACUAAGACUAAGAUGGUAAAAUCGUAUUCCGCCAACAGGAUUAUGCACUUAAAUUAAUAGCUUCUUAGGGGCAUAAACCAGAUCGAAGAGAUUAACCCCAGACGAGACGAAAACAAUAAAAAUAAAUAUGAUUUUCGAAACCAAUAAACCACAAGCUAAAUGAGC